AUAAUGGUUGAAUUGGGUAGGGAUGUGAACUAGGCUUUUGACCGUCGCAGUCUCUGGUCCACACUCCAGUUCAAUUUGUGGCAGUAAUGCAUCACUAAAGUUGGUUGCCAACCAUUUAAGAACCACUGAAGAAGAACUGUCAACGGAAGUGAAAAGUAACCAAGAACAAUAUCCACGGCAGCGUUUUUAUUGUUGUUAUAUAUACUUUUAUUAUCACCUUGAAACUCAAAAUAUUACUUAUGUAACUGCACAGCCACACAUACUUACCCCAGGCAGUGUUAAAUUAGCGUUGGAGACAGGCCUUGGUUGAUAGAUGUUAUUAAGGUAACGCUAGCUAGUUGCUAACAAUGGCUAACUGUAGGCCUAUGGUUUUUCACACUCAAAUAGCCUCCAUCAUGGAGGUGCUAGCGAAUGCAGCCGUGGCAGAUAUCUGUAAACUCGUAGACGAUGACUAUGCAGUGUUUCGUUUGGAAAUAACUCAAAGUCAGAAUGAAAGCAGGACAUUGCGGAGAAAACUACAGCUACUUGAAAUGAAGGUGGCACGGGAGCGCGCAGAGAGAACGACGCGAGAACGCGUCCUCGCCAGUGGUCCCAGUAGUGUCAAGAUCCUCGACCGAUACAAAGGAAUGACAAGAGGUGAAGGACAUCUCACUGGAGGCCACAGGAGCUUUGUGAAGCCUGCUGGACACAAUGCGUGGAGAGAUGACCAACCAAUCACUGUUGAUGAGGGGAGUGUAACCUCAACCCAGCACUUUAUUGUGAUAGAGUCUGCAGAUGAAAAUGCAGCAGGUCCUGAGGUCAAGCUGGAGAGGACUGAACGAGAGAAGGACCAACAGCACCAGACUGGAGCAGCGGCUGGAGUGGCGCCCUCUGUAGCCACGGAGGAUCUCGCCGCUGCGCCCCAGGCCAGGACCCGACGCAGGAUCACGGAGGAGGAGGAGGGUCCAGAGGUGCUGCUGGUGAAGGAGGAGGGGUGUGAGGAGGAUCUGGGGAACCCUGAGGGGACUAUGGUCAUGGAGGACAACGAGACUUCACCUCCUCCUGAACCCACAGGGGAACCAGCUGAGCAGCACAGGACCACACACAGUCUCACUGAGUCAGUAGACAUGGAGGAUGGGAAGCCUGAUCUGCUGCUGGUCAAAGAGGAAUCUAUAGAAGACGGACCAGAGAGCAUUGAUCUGCUGAGUGAACUAAAGAUGGGGGAGCAAGGUGAUUGGCUAGAGGAUAACAGAGGAGACUGGGUGGCCAUCUUGGAUACCCAGACUGCUGCAGCCAAGGGCCCAGGGGACAACAUCACUGAGCAGGCCAGGAUCAGAGGCGAGAUAGUGGAGUCUGCAGUCCAUGAGGACCUGCUGAUAACUGGUGUUCCUGGCAGGAGAGACCGGACCCUUGAGGCGGCUGGUCACAAACCCUGGCCCCGGAUGAGAACCCUGGAUCAGGAACCGUCGCUCUUCCUUCCCGAGUCUGAACCAGGACCCAACCACGAGGGACAGAGACUCCACCACCACACAAAACACAACCAGUGGACAGGUGGACUGAACAACCUCAGUCCUGGUGGUCAUCAGAGCGAUAGAGGCUCCAGUCCGCAGCCCAGACCCUUCUCUUCACAGUCUCAGUGCAGGGAUGGAGCAGGGCCUGGGGCUGAUAGAGAUAGACCCUCCUGUUCCUAUGAUAUGAACAGAGCAGGUCAGCCUGGGCUUCAGCCUUCACAGAGAGUGGUGGGAGAUCCCCCUGGGCCUGGGUCUAGCCUUCCACAGCUGCUUAAUUGUUACCCCACGAAUACAGACAGGGUCAGUAUGGGCAGUCACCACAACAGAUACCUAGCCUAUAACACAGCACACAAUCCCGACAACACCCAAACAAUGGCUCCAUGUCAUGGAGGGCUCUCUGGUGUCAUUGGGUCAAAACGUGGGAGCCCAAGCAUAGGGACGGACGCCGACAAGCCAUACGCCUGCCCUACGUGUGGGAAGCGAUUCGCGAAGGCGAAAUAUGUGAAGCAGCACCAGACCGUUCACACCAAGGACAGCUUCAAGUGCAAACUAUGUUACAAGAGCUUCUCCUUCCUAAGUAGCCUUAUCAGACAUAGGAAUGUCCACAAUAGGGAGAAAUCGUAGCUUGAGAUGUACACGAGGGAUGUCUGGGAACUCGAUCAAAAUAAAAAAAACAAGUCCCUCAGUUGAGCAUCUGGAUAUGAUCACAUUCUCACAUGAUACAGACUUGUUGUUUGGUGUGCUGGCAUAGCCAAAACACUGUCAUGUUAUUGAAGAGUAACACUAUUUCCCCUCUGAAUGCUUUUUCUUAUGUUCUAUUCAUAAAACACUUUUAUAACACCUUUAUAACAAGUCAGGUGAGAUGACCCUGAGGUCAUGCUUUCAUUGGGGAAGAGGUCCAAAAACAACCCCUUACUGUGUCCCUUUCCCCUAUUGCCCUCCCAUGGCACUGGGUAGUAGGUAGGAGUUCUCCUUAAUCAGAUAUAUUUCAUCCUCCCCUCUAUCAUCUCUCAUAUCUUUUAUAUGGCUGUAGCAAACAUUGCCACUCAAUAAUUGACUUACUCAGACACUGUUGGCUGUAUUAUACUGAUGUACGUCAACUGUUUCUGUUAAGCUUGUGAACUCUGGGGAUUUUCUUAUCUAUCAUCUAUGGUAUGGGAUCUUUACAAACAGUCCUUUGGCCUCAAGCUGUUUGCAGUAAAUGGCCUGAAGGCUCCAGGUCUUGUGAUGACGGGUGAAAUAAUAAACAUGAACGAAUGUAACCCUGUACUUGAUAUUACAACCUGGAGUGUAUAUCCUUUUAACCCUUUGUUAAAUUGUCAUUUGAAACAGGCUUGUGUAAAUACAUGUUUUAAGAGAGAGAGUAAACCUAGGCUAGAACAAGUAUAGUUUAAUAUUUACCUUACUGAUGUGAUGUUGAUGGAAUAAAGUAAUUCCUUGAUUUUA